AUGGGCUCUGCUCCCAUUGACUACCGCCUCGUGUUCUCGACAUUCCGCCAGGACUACGGCCCGGUCGUCUUCACCCACUACGUCCUGGCCCCGCUGGCCAGUGGGCAUUGUCGUCCUGCUCGUCUUCGCCUACCUGACCGACCUGCUCAUCGACCUGCUCCCCUUCACCUUCCCCUCCCAGGCUAUCGCCAUGAUCCUGCUCUUCCUCCUCCACAGUUCUCGCCCCACUUCCUGUUCCACCACGUCCACUCCUUCCUCCACCCCGCAGCCGACUUCCUGCUCGCAUGUAUGGGCCUCUUCUUCACCUCCUCCUUCAUCCUGAUCCCGCGGCGGGACGUGAUGCCGGGGAAAGAGAUCGGGCUGAUCGCGGCCCUGUUCCUGCCGAGUCUGCUGGUCACCUGGGCGGCCACGGUGGUGUUGGUGAAGGCGCUGGCGUUCGUGUGGCCGCAGGCGCCGGUGGAUGCGCCGGAGGACAACAACGCUGACGUGCUGUCGUCGGACGGCGGCCGCUACUCCGGCUCCCAGCACCACGAGCAGGCCGAGGACGCCGGCCUGGCGUCCGCCGAGGCCGGCCGCUCCGCCCCCGCCUCCACCCACAGCGCCAUCGAGAUCCGCGAGCCCCCCGCGCCGCCCGGAAACCCGCGCUUGGCGCUUGACAACACCCUCACCUUGAUCGCCACCGAGCCCGUCGACGACGACAAGAAGAGCCUCGGGGAGGACGAGAAGGCCUGGCCGGAGCGCAGUCUGGCCAAGCUGAAGGACAAGCUGCGGCGCCAGACGCGGCCGGAUGGGCCGGCGGAGACACGGGAGGUCCGGCUGGCGCGCAGACCGCAGGCCUGCUUCGACCCCGCCGUCUAUCUGCUCGUCCUGCUCCCCGGCAUCCCGCUGUUCUUCGCGCCCGGCGGCGAGCACCGCACGAUGCCCCUGUUCACGGGCGUCGUGGCGCUGGCCUGGCUAUACCCUGGUGGUACUCCUAUGACAUCUGACGGAUUGUAA